UCGAAGCAACGCUUCCAGCAGUUCGCCAACACUCGAAACCCUUCAGCAAUCAUCUGAACCAUGUGCACCCUCGUAGCGGUCCUCCUCGCGGCAAUGAUCUCGGCGGUAGCAGCAGCACCAUCCGGUCUAUUGGCCCCGGGUGCUGCGCUGGCUGGACCUAUCUUGGGACCUGCUGCACUUAGCGGACCGAUUCUUGGACCCUCAGCCCUUGCCGGACCGGUGGUCGGACCUGCUCGCCUCUCCGGAGCGGUCGAUGGUGGCGCUGUGGUGACUGGAGCCGUGGCUGGUCCAUCGGUCGUUUCCGGUAGCGUCUCUGGACACGGUGGCUGGCCCGGCCUCGCCGCACCCGGAUGGGGUCACGCAGGAUGGGGAGCAGUAUUGUCCGGUCCAGUGUCACCUGCUGCAGCUUUAGCUGGUCCCAUCACCGCCCCAGCGCUUAUUGCCGGACCAUCCGGCAGCAUAGCGGCUGGAGCAGCUGGAGUCGGUGGCAUUGUCCGUGCGCACGGACACUGGUAAUUCACCCUAUGCUGGACCUCCAUCACCAACGACAUCUUCGACUGAUCUCCGAUGCCUGCCAUUUUUGAAACCGACCGCGCCACGAUCUCCCUCAUUUACCGCUAGUACCUCCAUCAUUAUAUCUCUUAUAUGUAUUCUGUGUACAUAACAAUGUUUCAUAUAUGAUAUAUUAUGUUAUA